AUGUCCGACGACGACCGCGAAACCAAGCCCUUCAAGUUCGUCACUGGUGUCGACGCCCGCUUUCCGAACAUGAACCAGACCAAGCACUGCUGGCAGAACUACGUCGACUACCACAAGUGCAUCAACGCCAAGGGCGAGGACUUUGCCCCCUGCCGCCAGUUCUUCCUCGCCUACCGAUCGCUCUGCCCCAGCGGAUGGUACCAGCGAUGGGACGACCAGCGCGAGGCCGGCAACUUCCCCGUCAAGCUGGACGCAUAG